UACCUUUAAGUAGAAUUAACAGGAAGGUUGUCUUUCUAUGUUAGCAGCUGCACAGGGCUUGUUUAGUCAUCUUGAGAAUCUCCAGGUUCUUGCUCUCUGAAAAGCUCUCGUGACCCACCAAGAUGGACCAGACCUUUUUAGCAAUUGUAUUUGGUCCCUGCGACAAGUGCUCCAAAGACAAGCCCCUCAGGCCUGUGUCUGUCAAGUCAGAGCAACGCAGCUACUGCUCGCUGUGUGUGGCUAUGAUGGCAACCGAGGGGCUGCACGAGAACGAGACCCUGGCAUCGCUGAAGAGCGAGGCCGAGAGCCUGAAGGGCAAGCUGGAGGAGGAGCGGGCCAAGCUGCACGACGUGGAGCUUCAUCAGGUGGCAGAGCGUGUGGAGGCACUGGGACAGUUUGUGAUGAAGACCAGGAGGACCCUGAAGGGCCAUGGAAACAAAGUUCUCUGUAUGGACUGGUGCAAAGACAAGAGAAGAAUUGUGAGCUCUUCCCAGGAUGGGAAGGUGAUCGUGUGGGAUUCCUUCACUACCAACAAGGAGCACGCAGUGACGAUGCCGUGUACCUGGGUGAUGGCGUGUGCAUAUGCCCCAUCUGGAUGUGCCAUUGCUUGUGGUGGCCUGGACAACAAGUGUUCUGUGUACCCUCUGACAUUUGAAAAAAAUGAAAAUAUGGCUGCAAAGAAGAAAUCGGUUGCAAUGCACACGAACUACUUGUCUGCCUGCAGCUUCACUAACUCAGACAUGCAGAUCCUGACAGCAAGUGGAGAUGGAACUUGUGCUCUAUGGGAUGUUGAGAGUGGGCAACUUCUACAGAGCUUCCAUGGUCAUGGAGCUGAUGUCCUGUGCCUGGACCUGGCCCCUUCUGAAACAGGAAAUACAUUUGUCUCUGGGGGAUGUGACAAGAAAGCCAUGGUUUGGGACAUGCGGUCUGGUCAGUGUGUCCAGUCAUUUGAAACCCACGAUUCAGAUAUCAACAGUGUCAGAUAUUAUCCAAGUGGAGAUGCUUUUGCCUCUGGUUCAGACGAUGCCACGUGUCGUUUAUAUGACCUUCGUGCAGACAGAGAAGUAGCAAUUUAUUCCAAAGAGAGCAUCAUUUUUGGAGCAUCCAGUGUGGACUUCUCUCUCAGUGGUCGCCUGCUGUUCGCGGGCUAUAACGAUUACACCAUCAAUGUCUGGGAUGUGCUGAAGGGGUCCCGAGUGUCCAUUCUGUUCGGACACGAAAACCGUGUCAGCACCUUGCGGGUGUCUCCCGACGGGACCGCGUUCUGCUCGGGCUCCUGGGACCACACCCUCCGAAUCUGGGCGUAACCUGAGAUCCCGUAUGCAGAAUCAAAUGAAGACUGAAACGCCGGACUACAAAAACUGCAUAAAGAAGCCAUUCCUCAAAAUCAAGUAUUCACUACAGUACAAAAGGGUGACACUGAACCCACAGAUUAACACAACUAGGUAGAAAAUAGUCUGCUUGAACACAUAGCAAACGUUGACUUGUAGUAAAACGAAAUGUUUUAAAUUUUUUUUGAAACUAUAUUCUUUUAUUAGAAUUAGUUUCAUUAUUUAUAAAGGGACUUUUCUCCAAAGUCACCUGUAUUAUAGAAUUGAGUAUUUCAGUGCACAUUAUCUAUUUAUUUGCAUGAAUUUAGUUCCUUUUUAAAGUAAAAAAAAAGUCCUGAUUUUAUCGGGAUGUAGCAUAAGGCUUUGGAAACAUUCCGUAGUAGCAUAUUGAAUGUCGGUGUUGAAAAAUGGAAAGAGAAACAAUUCUGAUACUUUAUGAUGGUGUUAUGGAUGACUGAACCUUGGCGGUAAGUAGAGGAGCAAAGGACCUACUGUGAAGGUACUGGCUGCUGUCAUAAAAAUGUAUUUUUUGUACAGAAGAGAAAUCCCUUCAAUCCCUGUUUUUUCCUACUGUCUUUUUAGAUAGAAAUAAGUAUUUCAUCUCUGUUACCUGAAUAUAAAGAAUCUAAAUAUAUACAAACUGAUAAACAGCAAAGAGGAGGGAUAUAAACAUGAUUUACAUAAUCAUGAGGUAAUACUUAACCAGUAGUUUCUUAGAAAUUUUUAAUUGUAUCACUUGGUGAGUGAAUUUUCUUUUACUUAAAGAAAUGCUACAUGCUAAGCACUAAGGGAUACUACACACUAAGCAUUAAGCACCAUUAUACUGAUGGUCAAAUCUUUUCCAAGUCAGUCAUAGUCAUUCUAUGACCAUGAUUCUUAUUUGCAUUUUGAGCAGUUCAUACAACUUCGGCAAGGCAAUGUAGCUUAAAUGUAUAUCAAAGCAGUAUAUACCCAUUUUAAGGUCCUUCUGCAAUGUCAGAGCAGUUGUAAGUUCAUGCAAAUACAGGUCAAAUCAUACAGUCCUUACUGUAACAGUCAUCUCCCACUGCCACGGACAUGGUUUUGUCAUAGCUGGACUUGAGAAUGAGUAACAGUGAGCUGUUGAAAAUCUGCUGUGAGCCACAGUCCUGCCAGGGUUUGAGACUGUGCUGACCAGAGCACAUGAGUCCAUCUGAUCCAGGAGUCCCUGGUUUUCAGGGGACCAGGACAGCUGGCCACAUUGCUGGCAGCAUCCAGCCCUCUGUGUGAGCAUGGGAAUGCCAGAUAGACUGGCAGGACCACCCCACACAGAAGUGAUGCUGUAGAAUCAAGAUUUAAUCAGAUAAAGAUGAGAUACAAUUAAUUAUAGAACCACUGUGAGAUUAUAUCUGCAUUCAUGCAUUGAAAGCUAUUGGGACUAGAGUGUCAGCUCUGCUCUGCCAGCAAGUACUGAGUCCUAACCUCAAAUGAGAACAAAGAGCUGGAGUAAUGCUGGGGGCUUGCACAGCCUGGCCUUUGAAAUUCAAGUGGUGAGGUACAGCUUUUAAUGUAUCAAAUAUAUGAUUUACAUUUAGACUGGAACAGGAGAGAGCAAGCUUACUGGAAUGAGCCUGUUUACAAGCUCACUGGAGUUUGAUGAUAAUAUCCUCAUUCUGUUUGCAAGUGGGAUUUUUUUACAAUAAUAUAAAAAUCAUAUUAGAAACAAAGUCUCCUCAUCCAUGAAAACAUUAGGUUCUGUGAAUCCAUAACCAGUUAACCUAAGACACUGACAUUUAUACCAGCCUUCCAUCCCUAAUGGAAUAGGUCAGCUGUUUUCACUUGGAAAAGUCAACUCUGAUGCUUUGCAAUAUUUGUGGCAAGCUAUCCCUGUAACAAACUGAAUGCACUAUGGAAAUGUCAUAUAGAACUCACUGUGCAAUAUUGAGUCAAUACACUGUACACAUUUGAUCAAAAGAUUAAUAUUAAUGUUUAGAUAGUAUUUAUUGGCAAGAUGUUUGUUUCAAACAUAAUACAUUGUGUUGAUACUUACGAACAGCCUAAAUACAAUAAAUUGUAUUUUACAUAUUGA